CUUCCGUAAUAAUGGCUUCCGUCGCAAAAAUUUAUUUUCUUUGUUGAUAAGUGAAAACAUUGAUUUUCUUAUUUAGUUGAGAAGUAGAGCCUACUAGGUCUGCAACUGAUCAAAGAUGAUGGAACGAAAAGUGCGUCUGAAAACUGUCAAUCCUUUUAUAACAUGUUACAUAUGUAAAGGCUACUUGGUCGACUCUACCACCAUAACAGAAUGUCUACAUACUUUUUGUAAAAGUUGUAUUGUGAAAUAUUUGGAGGAAAAAAAUACGUGUCCUAAAUGCCAUCUAGAGAUCCAUCAAAGUUAUCCUCUUAAUUAUAUUAGUUUUGACAGAACAAUGCAAGAUAUAGUGUACAAGCUGGUUCCUAAUUUACAAGAGAAAGAAUACCAACGUAUGCAAGAGUUUUACAAAAAAAGGGGGUUGUCUGUGCCAUCAAAUACAGUUAAUGAUGAAAAUAGCAAUGAGUGCAAUAAAAAUCAAGAACAAGCUAGCGAUGAGGACCAUCAUCGCAGUGAUGAACAGGUCAACAUUUGUUUAGAAUGUAGAGCCUCAAAUCUCAAGCAUCUCAAGCGCAGAUACCUGCGCAUAUCAUCUCAAGCUACCAUUACCCAUCUGAAGAAGUUUGUGGCACUAAAGCUCUACAAUAACAUAAACAGAUUCAAAGAAGUUGAUAUCUUGUGCAAUGAAGAAAUUUUAGGAAAGGACCAUACCUUAAAGUUUGUUGCAGUAACUCGGUGGAGGUCAAAGGAUGCUCCAUUGCUUCUUCAUUACAGACAGCGGGUAGCAGAUUUAUGACCAAAUAUUUUAACUAGCAACAGAAUCUUCUCGUCGUGUGGUUAAAUAGUGUGGUGUUACAAAGUGGCACACUGGAUUGUUGUUCAGAUCCAUUCAUUGUGAUGAAAGAGAAAACUAUUUCAAUUGUUUUAUUUAUUUGUACACUACACAGUAGAGAUCAUUUAUGGUGAUUAAUUCCAUGCAAAUUAUGUGCCAAACAGAUUUGUUGUAAGGUGUUUUAGUCACUUUGGUUUAUAAAUCCAUUUUGCUGUGUUUUUUUUUUUUAAAUAUUUCCCUAUGCAACUAGUUUUCCAUAUCAGUUUCCAACAGAUUGUAACUGUUAAAAAUACAAUGCUAAUGAAAUUUAGUUGUCUAUGUGGGAUUUAAUUGUGAAGGAAAUAAUUGUUUUAAAUAUAUUUUAAAAAGAUGUGUAGGAAAGUAGUACAGAAACCUCCAAAAAAAGGGGGUGGCGGGAAUGCAAAAAGUUAAGUCAACCUUUUUAAAAUUGCUGACACAUGUUAAUAUAUAGCAUUUUUAAGACUAAAUUAAGUUUGAAGCUAUACAUAAUUUUUCACAUUUAAUUAUUUCAUUUCUCUUUGAUAAUGAAGUUCAUUUCUUUUUUUUAUUUUAAAGUUUGUUAGAACAAUAAUAUGUGUAUAGGGAUCAAGAUAAAUGUGGUUACUGUUUAAAUUGUAUUUAAGUUAUAAUUUUUAUGCAUUUCUAACUUGAUAGCAGAGUAUUAAAUAACUGGUUUCCUUCCUAAUUUAAGCUGCAGUUCCAUUUAGUGCAUAACUACAUUCUUCAUAAUUUGCCAUCAUGAUACAUCCUAAUGAUUUAAACUGCUUUUAACUGUGUAAAAGAAAAUUUGCAAAAUAUAGAUUUCUGUUGAUUCGCCUUCAUUUGCAAUGGGAUUAUUGAAUCUAAUCUGAUUCGUAAACAUACUUGAAUAAUUUGCAGGUUAAAAAGAUUAUUUCUUAGAACCAGGAGCUUUUGUCUUAAGUGUAUUGAGUUUGAAAAAAAUGUUAUACUAACAUAAUAAGAUUUAAAGACAAAGUGAAAUUUGCAGUAACCCUUUUUUCAUUUUAUUUUUAAUUAAGCAUCAGUUGGGAAUUUGUAAAAUAUGUACACAAAAAAAAAUCUUUUAAAGUACGAGAACAGAUUGUUUAAAUGUUGGAGAAAGUAAGCCCAAUCCAAUAGUACUAGGAAAUAUAUUAGAGUGCAUCAAGAUUGUGAAAGCUAAAAUGUGAAAGAAAAGAAUGUGUAAUGCCAAUGUAAAAAGGAUAAGAAAGUGAAAUGUUAAAGUGAGAGGGAAAGAAUGUUUAAUUUUAAUGUGAGGAAGAAAAGCUUGUGUAAUUGCUAUAAGUGAGAAGAAAUGAUUGUUUAAAGUGAGAAGAGAAAGAUAUGAGUGUGAAAUAGUUUGAAUAUUAAAACAGUUAUGUAAUAAAAAAAACAUGUACAUUACUAUUUAAAUGUUAAAAAUAAAAAAUUCUUCUAAAUAUUGCGUGAAGUUUUUUAUUUUAAGUUUUCUUAGGUUAUUGAAAAUAUGCUAAGAAAAAUUUGGAAAGAUUGAAGUUGGACCACACUUGUAUGUACAGGAUGAUAUAACAGGGCACUUGUAUUACCUCUUUCACCAUUUCUAACUUUUUGAUGUGAUAACUGUCAUUUAUUGAUAAUUUAAAUUUUUGCAACUGAUAAGUCAAAAA